AUGGCCUGCCCACAUCUCGAGAGUACCACUCUCAACCUGCCCUCUCCCUCGCAGUCCGUGUAUCGCGAGGACUGUACACAAUGCUUCGACUCGAUUGACGAGCCCUCCGGUCUCGAUGUAUGCCUCCAGUGCUUCAACGGCGGAUGCACUGGCGUUCGAACACACUCACAAUUACACCAUGUCACCAGGAGCCACCCGCUCGCCCUCAACAUACGCCGCACUCGCAAGCACGUUGUCAAAGAUGAACCACCAGCAAAGAUGACCAAGCUUGCCAUCGCCGCCGAGACCGAGGCCGAUCGCUACGACUACCACACAACCGUCAAGUGCCUCGAGUGCUCAACGGAGCUCGACAAGACAAGCCCCAAGCUCGCCCCGAUCGUGGAAGGCAUCCUCAAGGCCAAUACCUUCUCGCGGCAGGAAGAGGUCAAGGCGUGGGAGCAAGAGCUGGCAUCAUGCGAGCACGUCUUACUCCUGCAACAGCACGAGGCUAGGCAGCUGCAGAGCGAUCUUGGCCACUGCUCCAAAUGCGAUCUCAAGGAGAACCUCUGGCUCUGCCUCGAGUGUGGCAACCUUGGCUGUGGUCGUGCACAGUUCGGAGGCGUUGGUGGCAAUUCCCACGGCCUCGCACACGCAACCGAGUCUGGCCACGCCGUAGCAGUCAAACUGGGCUCCAUCACGCCAGAGGGAACCGCCGACGUAUACUGCUACCAGUGUGAUGAGGAGAGAGUUGACGAGAACUUGGCAUCGCAUCUAGCGCACUGGGGCAUCAUUCUAUCGGAGCAGAUCAAGACCGAGAAAAGUCUGACAGAGAUGCAGAUUGAGCAAAACCUUCGCUGGGAGUUCUCAAUGACCACAGACGACGGCAGAAUAUUGCAGCCCGUAUUCGGCCCCGGACUUACCGGCCUGAAGAAUCUGGGCAACAGCUGUUACCUCGCCAGUAUACUGCAGUGCCUCUUCGACUUGCCGGCAUUCCAAGAACGAUACAACAUCCCCGAGAUUGACCUACCGAUCGUGCCAGACCCAGCUCAGGAUCUGGAGACCCAACUGCGCAAGAUUGGUGACGGACUUUUGUCUGGACGGUACUCUAAGCCCGACUCGGACGUUGUUGCUUCCGAAGACAACCCCGAGAUUCCGCACCAGCGGGGCCUGGCUCCGAGCAUGCUCAAGCACCUGAUAGGACGAGGCCACGCGGAGUUCUCGACGAUGCGCCAGCAAGAUGCGUUUGAACUUCUGCAGCACCUCAUCAAGCUCAUCACACGGUCACAACACCCCGCCAACCUGGGAGAUCCAACACAGCCGUUCCGCUUUGUUCUCGAGCAGCGCUUGCAGUGCCUGAACUGCAAGAAGGUGCGAUACACGUCUGUGGAGCAGGACAGCAUAUUCAUUGAUGUGCCUCUCGAGAAGUUGCCGGCGGUGGAGGGCGAAGGGGAGACCUACAAGCCGGUCACACUGAAGCAGUGCCUGGACAACUUCACCGGCCAGGAGGUGGUUGAGCUGACGUGUGCGGGAUGUGACAGCAAGGAUGGCUUCACCAAGCGCUCGCUGUUCAAGACUUUCCCGACCACUCUGAUAGUCAACGCCCGGAAGAUGGCCAUUGAGAACUGGGUGCCACGGAAGGUCGACGUCCCUGUCAUUGUUGGGGAUGAUCCAUUCCCGCUAGACGAGUACUUUUCGAGUGGCCAGCAGGCUGGUGAAGAGCUCCUGCCUGAAGAGGACACCGCCUCGGCCCCGGCAUUUGUUCCCAAUGAGACUGCGUUGGACGGGCUCAUGGCCAUGGGCUUUCCUCGGAACCGGUGCGAGAAGGCUCUGCACGCGACUGGCAACUCCGACGCAAACGCCGCCAUGGAGUGGCUGUUCGGACACAUGGAGGACCCGGACAUUGACGAGCCGCUCAAACUCGAAGCGACUAGCGGUAGUGGCUCGAAGCCUGCGUACGACUCGCCGGAAAAGAUUGAGAUGCUCACCUCCAUGGGCUUCAGCGUGCCACAGGCGCGCAAGGCGCUCAAGGAGACGAGCGGUGACGUGGAGCGUGCUGUCGAAUGGGUGUUUAGUCACCCGGAUGACCAGGGAGACUUUGAUGAUGGGGCUGCCGAGGCUUCGAGCGCACCCAAGGAGGCUGCGGGUCCAGCUGGCAGUGCUGAGCUCCCGGCCAACUUUCAGCUUCGCAGCAUCGUCUGCCACAAGGGCACAAGCAUUCACACAGGUCACUACGUCGCGUUCAUUCGCAAGAUCCUCGAUGUCACUGACCCCAAGUGGGUAUUGUUCAACGACGAGAAGGUCGUUGAGGCAGGUGACGUAGAGGAGAUGAAGAAGACAGCCUAUGUCUAUUUCUUCCAGCGGGUCUAG